AUGUCUGAUUUAUACCUCAGAGAGGUUUUUACACAACCAUUGAUACGCAGCUGUCUUCGUCGUGUGACUUACGAAGGCGAGAAAAAGUGGAUUAAAGUCGAAGCAGGUGACAUUUUGUUAAAAUACGACGAAUGGAUUGAUGCUGGUGCGUUUUUAGUUAAGAAGGUAUCACGGUAUGCGUCACGUCGUCGCGCCAUUCAGGCCCUGGCGCCUGCGGCAGAGCCAGAAAACCCUGAAACCAAAGAACCAGUACUCCCAGUACUGCCCGACUUGGAAUCUGUAGUGCCACCCAUGGAGGUAGAGAGUUUAGGAUCUCCUCAGAAGGAACCUGCCGGAGAAAAUGAAGAUAUGGAGGAACUCGAAGCUUCUCUGCGGGAAAUGUUGGAGGUUCCCGUCCCGGGAACUAGUGAAUUAAUUACUCUUCCUUCAGUCGAAAAGACUGCACCUGCAUCUCAACAACCACCAUCGGAGAGGAACAGAUGUAAAUUAUGUGCGCAAGGACAUUUUGUGGCUAAUUGUCCACAAUUCCGUGCGUUCUCUCCCGAUAAGAGACAUCAGUGGGUAACCCAGCGGUACCUCUGCACCAACUGUCUUGGUUCCCACAAUGUAUUGCAGUGCCGCAACUCCAAGACCUGCACUCACUGCGAGGAAAAGCAUCACUCUAUGCUACAUGGUGCCACUGCUUUGACCACCACAAAGUCAGUUCCGAGGAAGAACACAACUUCAACUCCACUUCAACUAGUGGCACAAACAUAUAAACAGCAAGAUGAGACAUCAUCAACAGGAGCUGAUGCAACUCAUCUCAAACGCCUGAUAACAAGUAAUCACUUCACCUCAAUUUCAACAACAGUUGACAUCAACGAUGUCGAGUUAUCAUCUCACUCAGCAGCACUCAACUCAGUACAAAUAAACCACUCGCAUGACAUCUCAAGAGCAAUAUCACGACCCAGUGUCUUACUGGCCACUGCCAAGGCCAUUCUCAACUACGCAGAUGAUAAUCAUCAAAUUAUCCGCCUUCUCAUCGACCCUGGGUCAGAACUCACACUCAUAUCACGGACAAUAGUCAAUAAUUGUCAACUUGACAUCAUUUCAUCUCAAAUUCCAAUUGUUGGAGUUGGCAGUGUAUUAUCCGGAAGUACAUCUGGAGCUGUAAACAUCUCACUCACCUCACUUCACUCUGAUGAUAGUGUUAUCAUCUCUGUACACAUUCUCAAUAAACUCACAGCUAAGCUGCCAGCUGUUUCAAUCAAGAAACAUUCGUGGAAUCAUCUCAACAAUCUGCAAUUGGCUGAUUCAGACUAUUUCAAGUAUGAUGGAAUUGAUCUACUCAUCGGCGCAGAUUGUUAUGGAAAAAUUAUCAAACUUGGAGUUCAAACUGGUUCACUUGGUGAUCCAGUUGCCUUAAAAACGAUUUUUGGCUGGUCCAUACUUGGUCCAGUAUCAUCUCAAUCACAACAAUCACCAAGCAGAUCUCACCAUAUCAUCUCUAACGAUCAACUUCAUGAAUCAAUCGUCAAGUUUUGGCAACUUGAAGAAGUUCCAUCACAUCUCAACGAGUCUCUCACGGUAGAAGAAGCUGAAUGUGAGUCUCACUUUCAAUCAACUCACUCUCGUGAUCACACUGGGAGAUAUACCGUGCGAUUACCAUUUAAAUCAUCAUCUCAGCAGUUUGGACAUUCAAUGCACAUUGCCAGCAAGUGUCUAAAUCGACUAAUAAAAAACAUCUCACAGAAGACUGAGUUCAAUCAUUUCUACAGGGACUUUCUCACGGAGUAUGAGGCCAUGGGUCACAUGCAAAAAGUCCCAGAUUCAUAUCAAUCAUCUCACAUCACCUACUAUCUACCUCAUCACGGUGUUCUUCGUGAAGAAAGCACAACAACGAAGCUAAGAGUCGUUUUCAACGGCUCCAGUAAUACUACCUCAGGCAUCUCACUGAAUGACACACUUCACACGGGUCCAAAACUGCAGUCUGACAUUUUUGAUGUCUUACUGUAUGUCAGAGGACACCUAUUCGUCUUCACCACGGACAUCACAAAGAUGUUUCGUCAAAUCAAUGUUCAUCCAGAUGAUUGGGACUAUCAACGGAUCCUCUGGGUAGAUGAUGACAAUCAACCUCAAUCUUAUCAUCUCACCACCGUAACAUACGGCACGCGUCCAGCACCAUAUCUUGCUGGCCAUGUUCUCAAACAGCUAAUCAUCGACGAAGGAGAUGAGUAUUCACAAGCUGUCGAACCUUUUGAAAAAGGCAGUUACGUGGAUGAUAUCUGCAGAGGCGCUGAUAAUGUCAAUCAUCUCAACAACAUCGCAUCUCAAGUGGAAGCAAUAUGUCUUGCUGGCUGUUUUCCACUAGCCAAGUGGAAAAGCAACCAUCCUCAGUUCAGCAAAUUGUCAUCAUCUAACAUCUCAAAUUCACACGAGUUCAAUGAAUCUACAUCCAAAGUUCUUGGACUUUCGUGGAAGUGUCAACCAGAUCACCUCACAUUUACUGGUCAUACAUCUCAAAAGGCUGCCAUCACCAAAAGAUCAAUUUUAUCUGAAACAGCCCAGUUAUUUGAUCCACUGGGACUCAUCUCACCUGUAGUCAUCAAAGCCAAGAUCUUGAUGCAAGAUCUAUGGCUAGAAAAAAUUGAAUGGGACGAUUCACUCUCACCUGAGAUAAUUCACCGUUGGAAGAAAUUCCGAGAUGAAUUACCUGAAUUAUCUCAACUUAAAAUUCCUCGCUGGCUAAACAUCUCAUCAGACACCUCGAACAUCGAGAUACAUGGAUUUUCUGAUGCGUCACAGCAUGCCAUGGUCGCUGCUGUCUAUAUCAAGACUCAUCAUCAUCUCACACCAGCUAAAAUCACUCUUACGGUACCAAGAACACCACGAGCAGCUCAAUUAGUAAUAGUAUUUACGAAAACUAUGGAUGUUGCCAUGUUACGCAAAUGGAAUUCCUUACGACUUUCUCGCGACAAUGAUCAAACGCUCAAAGAGGCUUGGACAUUUCCUUUAAUUCCACCUGAACUCUUUCAAACAGCUAUCGAGCUUAUCACUGAGACGGCCGAGCAGAUUGAAGGACAACAUGAAAACGUUGUAAUACAACAGCAACAACAACAGCAACAGCGACGACGGCAUCAAGUGCGAGAUAUUAGCUCUCGAACGAUCAUCAACCGUCUUCGUGAAACUGGGUUACACGCACGACACCCUAAUCAUGUACCCCUGUUGACAUUGGAACUUGAGGCAAUGGACAAAUGUUUUAUUCAUCAACGAGUCUCGUUUCAAACUCCAUGGUAA